UCAGCUGCGUGUUUAAAGCUGGGACAGAGCUCACUGUGAUCUCUUUAUCAGCCACAUAUCUCCGGGCUGCCGUCACACACACUGACUCCGGGAAACAUAAACAGCUGAGUAAGUUUUGGGGAAGCCCAGCCCCCGACCUGACGCCAUGGGGGACGAUAGUGAGUGGAUGAAGCUUCCCAUCGACCAGAAAUGUGAACAUAAGGUGUGGAAAGCCCGACUGAACGGUUAUGAAGAAGCUCUGAAGUUGUUCCAGAGGAUCCAGGAUGAGAAGAGUCCUGAGUGGGGGAAGUUCCUGGGCCUGAUCAAGAAGUUUGUCACAGAAUCCAACGCCGUGGCUCAGCUCAAAGGCCUGGAAGCUGCUCUGGUGUUCAUCGAGAACGCACACGUGGCUGGAAAGACGGCGGGGGAGGUGGUGUCGGGCGUCGUGACAAAAGUAUUCAACCAGCCGAAGGCCCGAGCCAAAGAGCUGGGCUCGGACAUCUGCCUGAUGUACGUGGAGAUCGAGAAGACCGAGGUGGUCCAGGACGAGCUGCUCAAAGGACUCGACAACAAGAACCCAAAGAUCGUGGUGGCCUGCCUCGAGACCCUCAGGAGGGCCCUCAGUGAGUUUGGAUCAAAGAUCGUGACGCUGAAGCCGGUGGUGAAGGUUUUAUCCAAACAGUUCGAGUCCAGAGAGAAGGCUGUGAGGGACGAGGCCAAGCUGCUCGCUGUGGAGGUCUACAGGUGGAUCCGAGAUGCUCUGAGACCCCCGCUGCAGAACAUCACCUCUGUACAGCUCAAAGAGCUGGAGGAGGAGUGGGCCAAGCUGCCUUCGUCUCCUCCCAAGCAGAGCCGCUUCCUGCGCUCGCAGCAGGACCUGAAGGCCAAGUUUGAGCAGCAACAAGCUCAGAGAGGAGCUCAGUCUGAAGGAGAGGAUGAGGCGGAAACGGUAGCAGCUGUGGAUCCCUACGAUCUGAUGGAACCUGUGGAGAUUCUUUCCAAGAUGCCCAAAGAUUUCUACGAGAAGAUCGAAGCUAAGAAGUGGCAGGAGAGAAAAGAAGCUCUUGAAGCCAUCGAGGUUCUGAUCAAGUACCCCAAACUGGAGAAUGGAGACUAUGGAGACCUGGUCCGAGCCCUGAAGAAGGUGGUGGGGAAGGAUGCUAACGUGAUGCUAGUAUCCAUGGCAGCUAAAUGUCUGGCCGGGCUGGCCUCGGGUCUCAGGAAGAAGUUUGGCUCGUAUGCAGGACAGGUGGUCCCAACCAUUCUAGAGAAGUUCAAGGAGAAGAAGCUUCAGGUGGUCCAGGCCCUGCAGGAGGCCAUCGACGCCAUCUUUCUCACUACGACUCUGCAGAACCUUUCAGAGGACGUCCUGGCUGUGAUGGACAACAAGAACCCGUCCAUCAAGCAGCAGGCGUCUCUGUUUCUGGCCCGGUCCUUCAGACACUGCACCCAGGCCACGCUGCCCAAGAGCGUCCUGAAGCCUCUGUGUGCCGCGCUCAUCAAGCAAGUGAACGACUCAGCACCGGAGGUCCGAGACGCUGCGUUCGAGGCUCUGGGGACGGCCAUGAAGGUGGUGGGAGAAAAGGCUGUGAACCCGUUCCUGGCCGACCUGGAUAAACUCAAACUGGACAAGAUCAAAGAGUGUGCUGAGAAAGUGGAGCUGCCAGGAGGCAGGAGAGCUGCAGGAGGAGGAGGAGCAGAGAAGAAACCUGCAGCUAAAGCUCCUCCUGCUGCUGAGCCUCCGUCCAGAUCUGCUCCUCCUAAGAAGACCCAAGCGUCUGCAUCCAGCAAGGCUUCAGCUGCUCCGGCUAAAAAAGGCAAAGCAGCGUCUGCAGCUGGAGGCAAAGCAAAGAAAACCUCCGACAGCAAAGAGGUCACAGAGACAGAACUCUCUCCGGAGGCGUGCGAGGACCUGGCAGCGGGCGUACUUCCUGCUUCCUGUCUGCAGCAGCUGGACUCGACCAACUGGAAGGAGAGGCUGGCCAGCAUGGAGGAGUUCCAGAGGGCCGUGGAGACCAUGGACGGAGCUGUGAUGCCCUGCCAGGCUUUAGUCAGGAUGUUGGCCAAGAAACCAGGCUGGAAGGAGACAAACUUCCAGGUCAUGCAGAUGAAGCUCCACGUCGUGGCUCUGGUUGCUCGGAGGGGACAGUUCUCCAAGACCUCGGCCUCCGUGGUUCUGGACGGUUUGGUGGACAAGAUCGGAGACGUGAAAUGUGGCGGGAACGCCAAAGAAGCUCUGACGGCCAUCGUAGAGGCGUGCUCGCUGCCAUGGACCGCGGAGCAGGUGGUCUCCACGGCGUUCACUCAGAAGAACCCCAAGAACCAGGCGGAGACGCUGAACUGGCUGGCCAACGCCAUGAAGGAGUUCGGCUUCGCUGGCAUCAACGUGAAAGCUUUCAUCACCAACGUGAAGACGGCUCUGGCAGCAACAAACCCGGCCGUCCGGACCGCCGCCAUCUCCCUGCUGGGGGUCAUGUUCCUGUACAUGGGCGCGCCGCUGCGCGUGUUCUUCGAGGACGAGAAGCCGGCGCUCCUCUCUCAGAUCGACGCCGAGUUUGAAAAGAUGCAGGGCCAGUCUCCUCCAGCUCCAACCAGAGCUACCAAGAAGACGUCUGCUGCUGAGGACGAGGGAGACGAUGGAGAGGAGCAGGAUGAAGAUGGAGGAGGAGGAGGAGGGCAGGACAUCAUGGACCUCCUGCCCCGAACAGAUAUCAGUGAUAAGAUCACGUCAGACCUGGUCUCUAAGAUCGGAGACAAGAACUGGAAGAUCAGGAAGGAGGGUCUGGAUGAAGCUGCUGCCAUCAUCUCUGAGGCUAAAUUCAUCACAGCCAACCUGGGAGAGCUUCCUGUGGCUCUGAGGGGACGACUCAGUGACUCCAAUAAGAUCCUGGUCCAGCAGACUCUGAGUAUCCUGCAGCAGCUGGCGGCAGCUCUGGGACCUGGACUGAGACAUCAGGUCAAAGCUCUGGGGUUCUCCAUCAUCACAGUUCUGGGAGACAGCAAACCCAACCUGAGGACAGCUGCCCUGACCACGCUGCAGGUGUGGGUGGAGCAGACGGGGAUGAAGGACUGGUUGGAGGGGGAGGAUCUGUGUGAGGAGCUGAAGAGGGAGAACCCCUUCCUGAGACAGGAGGUGUUCGGCUGGUUGUCUGAGAAGCUGCCCACCCUGAGGACCGUCCCCGCGGACCUGAUGCUGUGCGUCCCCCUCCUCUACACCUGCCUGGAGGACAGAAACGGAGACGUGAGGAAGAAGGCUCAGGACGCCCUGCCCACCUUCAUGAUGCACCUGGGCUACGACAAGAUGAACAAAGCUACGGGCAAGCUCAAGCCCGCCUCCAAGGAUCAGGUGGUCUCCAUGUUGGAAAAGGCCAGAGCUGUGAUGCCGGCAAAACCUGCGGCGCCGGUGAAAUCAGGAGGAGGGAAAGGUUCUGCUGAGCCGAGCCGAGCGCCUUCAGCCUCCAGAUCUGCAGCAGCUGCUGAGGAUUUGACUGACAGCAAAUCUGAAGUGAAGAAGGUCAGAGGAGGGGGCGGGGCUAAGAAGCCUCCCUCCCCUCCUGAUGAGCCUCCCCCCAGGGAGAAGGACAGUAAUGGUAGUAAAAAGCCCCCCAUUAAAGGGAAGGGUGCUGCUGGCAGUCAACAGGGUCCACCUGGGAAGAAGCCUGGAGCUAAAGGCCUGAAAGACGAUGAGGAUAAAUCUGGACCCAUCUUCAUCCUCAUCCCCAACGCCAAGGAGCAGAGGAUCAAAGAGGAGAAGCAGCUGAAGAUUCUGAAGUGGAACUUCAUCACUCCUCGAGACGAGUACGUGGAGCAGCUGAAGACUCAGAUGUCCACCUGCUUCGCCAAGUGGCUGCAGGAUGAGCUGUUCCACUUCGACUUCCAGAGACACGUGAAGGCCAUCGGAGUCAUGAUUGAGAGGUUGGAGAGCGAGAGCGAGGCCACCAUCAGCUGUCUGGACCUGAUCCUGAAGUGGUUCACCUUCCGGUUCUUCGACACCAACACCACAGUCCUGAUGAAGGUUCUGGAGUACCUGAAGCUCCUCUUCGCCAUGCUGGACAGGGAGAACUACCACCUGACGGAGUACGAAGCCAACUCCUUUGUCCCGUACCUAAUACUGAAGGUGGGAGAAUCAAAGGAUGUUGUUCGUAAAGAUGUCCGAGCCAUCCUCACCAUGCUGUGUAAAGUUUAUCCUGCAUCCAAGCUCUUCCCUUUCCUCAUGGAGGGCACCAAGUCCAAGAACUCCAAACAAAGAGCUGAGUGUCUGGAGGAGUUAGGCUGUUUGAUCGAAGGUUACGGGGUCAACGUGUGCCAACCGACUCCCGCCAAAUCCCUGAAGGAGAUCGCGGUCCACAUCGGGGACAGGGACACGUCUGUCCGUAACGCCGCCCUGAACACGGUGGUGGCGGUCUACAACGUGUGCGGGGACCAGGUCUACAAGCUGAUCGGAAACCUGUCGGAGAAAGACAUGAGCAUGUUGGAGGAGAGAAUCAAACGCUCGGCCAAGAAGACGCCCGCUGCCCCCACCAAACAGACCGCCGCUGAGAAGCCUCAGCGAGAACACCCCACCAACCCCAACGCCACCUUCCUGAGAAAACCUGCACAGGAAGACUCCAACAAGCUGAAAAUAAUGUAUCGCACGUAUAGGAUUCAAUCCCGUCAGAACGCACAGCACAACGAGCCGUCCCACCCCUCCAUCCCCAAGGAGUUCCAGCUGGACCUGGACAUGAUCGAGAGGGACCAGAGCCGGGUGAGCGAGCUGCCGGACCUGGUCCAACACAAGCUGGACGAGCUGCUGGAGCCCAUCAUGAUCCCCGAGCCCAAGAUUCGCUCCGUCUCGCCACACUUCGAUGAUCUCCACAACAGCACCGCCUCCACAAUCAACUUUGUCAUCUCACAGGUGGCGAGCGGCGACAUCAGCACCAGCAUCCAGGCGCUGGCCCAGAUCGACGAGGUCCUGCGUCAGGAGGACAAGGCGGACGUGAUGUCAGGACACAUUGACCAGCUGCUCAUCGCCACCAUCAUGCAGCUGAGGCUCAUCAACAGCAGAUAUCUGGCUCACGACCGCGUGGACAAGAGCGACGUCAUCAAACUCUACAGCUGCAUCAUCGGGAACAUGCUGUCUCUCUUCUCCGUGGAGACCCUGGCCAAGGAGGCGUCUGUGGGGGUCCUGAAGGACCUGAUGCACGGUCUGAUCACACUGAUGCUGGACAGCAGGGUGGAGGACGUGGAGGACGGGACGCAGGUCAUCAGGUCUGUCAACCUGCUGGUGAUCCGAGUCCUGGAACACUCGGACCAGACCAACAUGAUCAGUGCUCUGCUGGAGCUGCUCCAGGAUACACUCAUCUCCACCGUGGUGUCCUCCACCUUCUCUGAGCUCGUCAUGAAGUGUCUGUGGAGGAUGAUCCGCUUCCUGCCAGAAACCAUCAACAGCAUCAACCUGGACCGGAUCCUGCUGGACGUCCACAACUUCAUGAAGGUUUUCCCCAAAGACAAGCUGAAGCAGCUGAAGACAGAUGUCCCCCACCGGACCCUGAAGACCCUGUUACACACGCUGUGCAAGCUGACGGGGGCCAAGAUCCUGGACCACCUGUCCAUGAUCGAGAACAGAAACGAGUCCGAGCUGGAGGCCUACCUGAGGCGGGUCGUCAAACAGGCCGGACACCUGUCAGGGUCCAAGAGCGACCGAGGGAACGAGAAGGGCGGCCUGCGAAUGGACGAGCACAUGUCAAAGGCGAAGGUCAGCGACGUUCUGUCUGAGAUCUUUAAGAAGAUCGGCUCCAAAGAGAACACCAAAGAGGGUCUGAUGGAGCUGUACGAGUACAAACAGAAGUACUCUGACGCAGAUCUGGAGCCGUUCCUCAAGAACACCUCGCAGUUCUUCCAGAGCUACGUGGAGCGAGGCCUCCGCAUGAUCGAGUGUGAAAGGGAGGGCAAGACCCGCAUCCAGAGCUCCUCAGUGAUCCCGCAGCACGGCGUGGACUCCAGCCUGAGCAGCAACAACGAGGAGCUGAAACCUGCCGUCUACUACGAGAGGCUGAAGAUCCUCCGACAGAGACAGGGACUGGAGAACACGUCCAGG